AUGUCUGAUCCUCUUGGCCUCAUCUCCAGCAAGUGCUUCCAUCGCCGCGUCAUUCUGGACACAGCAUAUGGCCCCCUCACCAUCUCAUUCGCCGACAUCGGCGGCACCACGGGCCCCGCGCUGCUCUUCCUGCCGGGUAUGUUUGCCUCGCGCUAUCUCAGUAUCCCCAUGCACGUAAUCGCGGAGCGCGCCGGAGUGCGCCUGCUCGUGGUCGACCGGCCGGGGAUGGGCGCGUCGACCAAUGUCCCACUCGCCCAGCGCAUCGCCAUCUGGGUCGAUAUGCUGCCACGCCUGCUGGCGCAUCUGGGUAUUCCGCGCGUCAAUCUCGUGUCGCACAGUGCUGGAACCAUUUACCUGCUCAAUACGUGGGCGCAAUGCCGUGAGCUUGUGGGCCCUGUCGUUGCUUUCUUAGGUAAUUUCCACCCCUACCCCUCUCUCUUUUUUUGUUUGUUUCUUGGUUGGAAGACGAGGCAAAGAAACAAGACGCAGAAAAGAAGACGUAUAACUCAGUACUCUGUUAUAGCGCCGUGGGUGGAUCUCGCACACUCCCGCGUUACAGUAAUGCAAAUGGCCCAGUACGUGCCUACCAAGGCAUUCGCGAUGUGGCACCUCAUCCCGCACUUCGUCGUAACGCAGGCGAGCCCCGUGUUGGCGUCAAGCGGGGCUGUGGUCCGCCGGCUGUCAUCACAGAGCAGCGAGGCGGCGGAUCGCUCGUUCCUCGAUGCCAAUUGGCGGCGAGUCGAGCGUGAUUACGGCGUGCCGCACGCUGAACAGGCGGAACUCGCGCGUCUCGCCUUCCGGUUUAUGUAUGAAGAGGACACCGUUGGGGCGAAUAGCGAGGCCUUGCAGUGUCUUCGGAAGGGCGACGGUAGCAGCUGGGGCGCCUGCUCGGACUACGCUCACUGUGUGCAGGCACUGGCAGCCGGCGAACGGUCGACAGGUGGCCGAGUUAGUGUCCGGACAUAUUUUGCUGCCAAGGAUGCCUUGGUGGGCAGCGGGGGGCAAAAGUACUUUGAGGAGUGCUGGCGAGCACCGGGGCUGGAAGGCAUUGACUAUAUCUCCACGACGAUCGACGGAACAGACCACGACACUCUGGUGCAGUCAGUGGAGGUAUGGGAGGAGAUAUUCUCUUCGGUACCGCAAAUGACUUUGUAUGACCGGUAA